GUGCAGUAAAAGCAAUAUUGUCGGUCGGUUCACUGUCGAUGUUGAUGGUGAAAUUUAUUUUUGUUGAUUAAGCGCGGUUUUACAUGUUAUUUCAGUUUUAAAAAAACUGCAUUUUUGUGUUAAAAUUUAAUACUUCAAGAUUUCAUUUGCUGAAAUUACGCCAAAAUUUGAAAUAUAUUUUUACUUUCUAACACAGCUGGUAUAUUCUUGCAUGUUGGAGGAAUCAAGCCUUAUCAUUCCAGGGAGGAAGAUUCUAAUACUCAUAGCUUUGUGUUGGAUUAUUGUACCAAUUUCAUGUUCUUAUGGAGACAGAUCAAAUUUAUUCCAAAGCUGUAUGCAUUGGUGUGGUAUUAAAAACUGCUCAAAUACUUCCAGUUUGGCUUAUUUCAAGGCAACACGACCAUGGUAUCUAACUUUACUGCAGUGGGAAUGUUGGGACGAAUGCGAUUAUUAUUGUAUGUGGCAUGCUGUAAAAAUAUUUCAGCAUAAUGGUCAAGUUGUACCGCAAUUUCAUGGGAAAUGGCCUUUCUAUCGUUUUUGGGGCAUUCAAGAACCAGCGUCAGUUUUAUUUUCUAUCCUAAAUGGACUUGUGCAUUUUGUUAUGUGGCAAAAGUUUCGACAAUCUGUAACAAACUGCCCAUUUUCAACUUUGUGGAAUGUACAAGCUUUGCUUUCAAUCAAUGCUUGGUUUUGGUCAGCAGUUUUUCAUACACGUGAUACUCCUUUAACAGAGAAACUGGACUACUUCUGUGCAUUUUCUCUAGUGAUCUAUUCAUUUUAUUCUUUAUUUGUAAGGUCAUGCUCAAAUGUUCGAACUUGGAUGCCGCUAACAAUAGCUGUGCCAUUUAUUUCUUAUUUUGGAUACCAUAUUUAUUAUUUAACCUUUGUUAGAUUUGACUAUGGAUACAAUUUAAAGGCUAACAUCAUUAUUGGCUUAUUAAAUUCUUUUGGUUGGAUCCUCUGGUGCUACAAAUAUCGCCAAAAGAAAUAUGUAUGGAAGUGUGCGGCAUCAGUCAUUGCAGUAAACAUCCUUCUUCUCUUAGAGCUCUGUGAUUUUCCUCCUUGGAAAUUUCUAAUAGAUGCUCAUGCUUUAUGGCACUUGGGAACCAUACCAGUGCCAUUACUUUGGUACAGUUUUCUGAUAGAAGAUUGCCUGAGUGAAGUAAGAGAGCUUGAUUAUUGCAUCAAUGUGUUGAAGAAAGUUGGCUGAAAAGAGCUUCAUUGCUUUGCUUACUUGUGAUAUUGUUAGGUCCCUUUCUUGUGCCAAUAUAUUGUUUUAUCUUGAAAAUUUUAUAUAUCUGCAUUUGCCUAAGUGCCACUGAUCAAAAUUUAUACAUAAAAAAAAAGUUAUUACGUUACAUAUUAUUCAUAUAAAAACAUGUCAUAAAAAAUGUUUCUGGAAAAAAAAAUACUGAGGAAGGGUUUUUUUUUUUUUUAAUGUUAUUUAUUGAAUUCAGUUGGUGAAAAACAGCUUUGAUUGCGGGAGGUUGUAAAGAGAUUCCUUUUUUCAGUAAUCAUUCCUUGAAAUUUCUUUGAAACUCUAUAGCCUUUUGAAUUGAGGGUAUAAGUUUAAAAAGAUAUAAUUUAUAAUUAAUUUCUAGUUAUCUUGGAGGGUUAAGGAUGAUAGUUUUCUCUCUUAUUACUAAACGUUAGCAUAAAUAUAUUGCUUCAUUGUAAAAAGUAUUUAUUUAUAACCAAUGCACACACAUUUUUGUUGUGACUUUAGUGGUGCUGAUAUCUUUAGCUUGUUAAUUAUUGUUGCACAUAAAAAAAAUUGUUGGAUUCAUUUUAUUGUUAUGAUGUUAAUGUUCAUGGCAGUGAUAGUAAAAUAUUGAAAUUGUUCUGUACCUGUAUAAAGAUUUAUAUAUAAAUUUUAUUAGUGUUAUGCAAGUUCCCUUAACUGUGCAAUAUGAUACAUUUCGAAAUGAAUCUUCAACAUAAUUACAUAUCAUGUAAUAAGCAAUAAAUUUUCAAAAAUAUUACACAUUAAUGGCAUAAACUAAUUUUACUGUGAUAAAAUCAUCUGUUAAAGUUUGCUUUUUCUUUUAAAUACAUUCUUAUGUGAGCAGUUUCAGGAGUAGAAAAGUCUUUUUUACUGUUGAAAAAUGGUUUGGAAAUACAGUGGCGGCCGCUUAUAUGAAUCACAUUUGUUCUAAACUGUUUUGAUUCUAUAAAUAAGCUGAUUCAAUAAAGCGGUUAAUCCAAUAAAGCUGGAUUGUGCUCUGUUUUUGACAAUUUGAUUCAUUAAAGUGGUUGAUUCAACUAACCGGUGUCCACUGUAUAUUAACUACUGAAGUAUUUUUGGGGAAUUAUUGCUAAUAAAUGCAUUUCACCACUAAGCAAUCUCAGCUUGAUGAAAAAUAUGUUGGAUAUUUUUUGUAAUUUAGGCACUAGGUGCCGAGGAACGAUAUAUAUUUAUGUAAUAUUCACUGAAACAAUAUAAUACUAUACGCUAUUUUAAGGACUUUCGUAAACAUUUAGAAAUUAUUUUGAUUUAUAGAAAGCUUUCUCCUUUCUUUCUCUUUGUCAUACAAACUGUUGAGAAAGAUAUUUAACUAACUAGAUUUAAGCAUUGACAUAGAAAUAAAUAUCAAGUGUUCAUAAAAAAUAAACAAGAAAUACAAAUAAUUUAGAGGCUUAGAGAAAAAAUGAUUUAAAUAAGCAUAAAGGCUGCAAUAUGUUAAGUAAAGUCAAUGAGAAAACUAAAAAACUGGAUUGCAAAAAAUACCCAAGUACUUUAGUUACAAAUUUUUGCUUUUCCUUUGGAAGAAUGGUCCCACUGCAAAAGUUUAUUGGAGAAAAAUGUGUAAGUUGUUUUUUUUUUAGAAUAUACACAGUGACUCAACUACAAAAUACGAUUCUAUUUUAAAACUAAACGUGUUCAAGUAGUAAACCUAAUAUUGUACAUAACAAAUUAUAAAAAAUUGCAACAGUUUUUGGUAUUUAUUUAUUGCAAAUUUAUUUUAAAAAAUGUUAACUGCUGUUAUAGUUCUUAAUAUACAAAGAAGAAAAAAAAAACCUUGCCAUUCAAAAAUAACUCACUGAGUUAAGAGUUUUUACACAUACUUAUUUUUUUGAUUUGAUACAUAUUUAUGAUGGCUUUAUUUGUUAGUAAAUGAAGGACAUAACAAGUUAAUAUCAUUGACAUUUUAAAUGAGCUUGCAAAAAAAAAAAAACACCUUUGCCUGGACAUCAAAAUUUAGCCUUAGUCUAACAGUAGGUAUGCUUUUGAUUUUGUGCCUAAAUUUAGUUACCAGUAAUUUGUGUAUCAAUUCAAACAAUAUAUUUUGCUGUUAGUCAAAUGCAUUUCAUUUAAAUUAGAUUAAACAUUUGAUAUGAGAUUUCACUUUGUAUAGGGUCUGGUGGGGGGAAGUGGUCAAUGGGGUAAAGUGGUCAUACGUCAAAUAAAUAGCUAUAGCUUGGAAAUACAUGUUUGAAUGAAUGUGAAAAUUUUAUUUUAGAGUAGCACAGUUUGAAACUACAUUUUGAAUACAAAAUUUUUCAACUGGCAAAUUUUUUUUUUGCAUAAGCGACCAUAAGUUUAUGAUUCUUGGCUUCUUAUCCUCCUCUCUCACACCCCUUAGAUUUUCGCCCAAGAACUUGGAUUCACCCUGUAGGCAUAUAUGUAUACAAGCAUAUAUACUCGCGGUAUACAUACGUGCACUAGUGUAUACACGUCUGUACAGGUAUAUAAGCAUGUUUACACAUAUACGUACCUAUAUACUCGUGCUUCCAUACAUAAUAUAUGUAUAAAUGUGAGAAGACACGUACCCCCCCCCCCCACCAAACAUGCACUGGAUGUAUCCAGGAAUUAACUCGUGUAUACCCGUAUAUGUAUGCAUACUUAUAUAUGCGUUUAUACGUCUGCUAUACACGUAUAUACUCAGUUAUGCUUGUAUAUUCUCGAGAUACCAGUGCAUACACUUAUAUCACUUUCAUUUAUACGCGUAUAUACACGUGACACGCAUAUACUCGUGUAGAAACGUAUGCACUCCUGGCGGUAAUCAUGUAUACAUGCUUAUAUACUCGUGUAUUCACGCAUAUACUUGAGUAGGCACGUUCAUGCAUGUAUCUGACUUAUACAUGCAUCUUCUCAUAUAUGAACGUGUUUACUCAUGUUUACACAACACGUAUAUAUUCGUGUAUACACACAUCUACUUGUGCAUUUACUUGUAACUAUAAAAAUAACUGAAAUAUACAAUGGUUAUUUAUAAUGGUUUUGCAUCUAUUUUUAACUAUGACCACUUUACCCCCAUGCUAUAACCACUUUCCCCCCACCCCAUGGGGUUGAAGUGAUCAUAAAUACAUAGGGAAAGGAUAGUUAUAAAACGUAAAUUAAUAUUUUUUUCUUAAAAUUCAAUGUACCAUGUUCUUUAAUAAUGCAAUGUAAAAUAACAGCAAAAAAAUUUGAAAUGUUUAAAGAAUUUAUUGUACUUAUUAUCCACCUAAGUCGAAAAUCUACGAUUUUCUGAUCACUUUACCCCACCAGACCCUACUAGUAAUAGGUGGUAAAACGGUAAUUUUGUAAAUUUUCAGUCAUUUUGGACAUACAUUUUUUUAUUUUUUUCUAAUGCUAAAGUUUUUAUCACUAAUGCAUUUUCUUUUUCGAAUAUCUUUUAAAAAUGUUUCAAAAAUGGUGCAGUAGAACUCCAACUAUCCGAAUCGCUGAUUAAUCUUAAUCACGUUACUGGUAAAAUUUCUCAAAACUUCUCUUAGUGUGCUUGUUGUAAUGUAAAUUUUAAUGCUGUCAGACUGCAAUUGUUAUGAAUAUUAAUCAAAAAAAAAGAAUUUUAAAACUUUGUUAUGUUUUGCAUCGCAGUUUAAAGGAAAUAUUUCAAAUAAUGUUACUUUGUUAAUAUUUUCUUCAUGAUGUGCAGAAAGUGAUAAAAAAUCUCUUAUUUAUUGAUUUAACUAGACUGCACUGUUUGUAAUUUUUUUCUGAAAUCAUUUUGUUAUUCACAUGAAAUACUGUAAAUAGUAAGACUUUCUAAUAAA